UGCUCAAUGUGGCCAGGAGCAAGAAACCACAAAAACAAGUGCAAAGGAAACCAGUAAUCAACUUGACAACUCAAAACAAUGGCUAAACUGCUAAGAACUCUCCCUAUCUUUACCCUCCGCUCCAAUGUCAAACCUUUCUUGUUCUUCCCCACAACAACAACCCUCAUCCCUUUUUCUCUCUCCUCCCUCAAAUUCAACCUCCAUCCAUCAAUUUCUCAGAGAACACACUGCAAUAGUGCUACUGUACCGGCUACAUUACAAGCUACGGAGCAGCACAGCCGGGCACCCGACCCAUUUCAACCAUCAAAAGAGGCAAACUUGGAGUGGGUUAGUCGGACUGCUUUCUGUGGCCAUUUGGGUGAGGAUGAUGUGGGUAAACGAGUCACUCUUUGUGGGUGGGUCGCCCUUCAUCGGGUUCAUGGUGGCCUUACUUUUGUUAAUCUUAGAGACCAUUCUGGCAUUGUUCAGAUUACAACACUUCCCAAUGAUUUCCCUGAUGCACAUUCUGUGGUGAAUGAGGCAAGGCUUGAAUAUGUGAUUGCUGUUGACGGGCUAGUGCGUUUAAGACCGAGCGAGGCUGCUAAUAAAAAGAUGAAAACUGGAAUGGUGGAGGUUGCUGCAGAGCAUGUCAAAAUUUUAAAUUCUGUCAAGGUCAAAUUGCCCUUUUUGGUUACUACUUCUGAUGAUGUGAAAGACUCUGCGAAGGAGGAGAUACGUUUGAGAUACCGAUGCUUAGAUUUGCGUCGACAUCAAAUGAAUUCAAACAUAAUGUUGCGACAUAGAGUGGUGAAACUCGUACGAAGAUACCUGGAAGAUGCACUUGGCUUUGUGGAGAUUGAGACCCCAAUGCUUUCUAGGUCUACCCCAGAGGGUGCUCGGGAUUAUUUAGUGCCUUCAAGAGUUCAGCCAGGAAUGUUUUAUGCUUUGCCUCAAAGUCCUCAGUUGUUCAAGCAAAUGCUAAUGGUCUCCGGCUUUGAUAGAUAUUAUCAAGUAGCAAGAUGCUUUCGGGAUGAGGAUCUGAGAGCUGACAGACAACCUGAGUUCACCCAGCUAGAUAUGGAACUGGCAUUUACUCCUUUGGAAGAGAUGCUAAAUCUAAACGAAGAUUUAAUUAGGAAGGUUUUCCGGGAGAUUCAAGGUGUUGAGCUUCCCAACCCAUUCCCCAGACUAACGUAUGCUGAAGCAAUGAGCCAAUAUGGAUCAGAUAGACCAGAUCUUCGUUUUGGUCUUGAGCUAAGAGAUGUCUCUGAUGUAUUUUCUGGGACUACAUUCAAAGUUUUUGGAGAGGCAUUGGCUAGUGGAGGUGUGAUAAAAGCAAUAUGUGUACCUGCAGCUGCAAGUGUUUAUUCUAACACAGCUCUGAAGAAGGGUGAUAUCUAUAACGAAGCAUUCAAAUCUGGGGCCAAAGGUUUACCUUUCCUGAAGGUCACAAAUGACGGGGAGCUUGAAGGAAUUCCUGCCUUAGCAUCAAGUUUGAAUAAACAAAAUAAAGAAAAACUAUUGAGCCUCUGCUCUGCUCAAUCUGGUGACCUUAUCCUGUUUGCUGUGGGUAUGGAGAAGUCCGUGAACAAAACCCUUGAUCGACUAAGGUUACACGUGGCACAUGAAUUGGGUAUGGUUGACCAUUCCAAGCAUUCAAUUCUUUGGGUGACUGACUUCCCGAUGUUUGAGUGGAAUGAUGAUGAACAGAGGCUUGAGGCUUUGCAUCAUCCAUUCACCGCUCCAAACCCUGAAGACAUGGAGGAUUUGUCCUCUGCUCGAGCUUUAGCAUAUGACAUGGUUUACAAUGGAGUGGAGAUUGGUGGAGGAAGUUUAAGAAUAUAUAAGCGAGAGGUGCAAGAAAAGGUUUUGGAAAUUGUGGGCAUCUCAACGGAACAGGCAGAAGCGAAAUUUGGCUAUCUUUUGGAGGCUUUUGACAUGGGUGCACCUCCACAUGGGGGAAUAGCGUAUGGAUUGGAUAGGCUAGUUAUGCUGUUAGCUGGAGCAAAUUCCAUCAGAGAUGUUAUUGCAUUUCCAAAGACAACCACUGCUCAGUGUGCCCUUACUCGAUCCCCUUCUGAAGUAGAUCCUCAACAGCUCAAAGACCUUGUCAUUUCAAAAUAGUAACUACUUUCAUCUUCUAUUUUUGUUCAUCGGGAGAGAGCACAUACAUCAUCUUACGGUGUGUGAUAAGAGAGUUAGAGAGAGUAUUCUGGCCUAGAUUUUAUCUUCUUUCAAUUGCAUUUUGCAUUAUUUUCUUCUCUUACCCUGUUUUCUUUUGGCAGAAAGGCUGGCCAUGUUGAAUGGUUAAGGAUUUUCAAAUAAAUAUAACCAAGUUUAUGUGAAUAGAUUUUAGAUUUU